GAUACACCCAACUCUCAAUAUUUUCAAGUCUCUGUACUUUCCAAUCUCAAUACUUUCAAGUCUCCAUACUCCCAACUCUCCAUCAAAAUACAAGAAUUAGUUCAACAAUUUCCGAAAUCCUCAAUCUUCAGAAAAACUUUCGAAGCAUUAAAAAUGACAAUCCAUAACCCAAACCUCAAUCCCGCGCAGAAUAUCUACAAUGCACCUACACAACCUCAAUAUGCGGUUCAUAGUCACAAUCGCACGAUUCCGUUGAAUCAGGGACAAGAUUCGGUUCAUGUAUCUGCUAGUUUGGGAGGUGCUGGAGUACAGUCCGGAGCUGCUCAGAAUUAUAAUGUUAGUGGAGGAGCUGUUUCGAAUUCAGGAGGUGGAAAUACGGGACAGAGUGUUGCGAGAUCCAGUAGUCGAGGUCAAUUUCUGAACAACGGAGGCAGAAAUGCGAAUGGAGUUGCGAAUAGGGGCGGAGCUUCUCAAAAUACAAAUACAGCAAUGGUAGUGCAUGGUCAUGCUCAAGUUCAGCAUCCACAAAUUUCUCCAGUUCAUUACGGUACACUUCAUCCUCAGUAUCAACAUGUCCCUUACCAGCAUACGCAUAUUCAUCAAGCACAAGUCCAUCCUCAAGGUCGCGAUCCAUAUCCAUAUCCGAACAUUCCAUUUCACUGCAUGCAACCUCAUGCAGGAGGUUUGUUGGGCACACUUGUUCCCUAUGUUCCUCUUUCUCGCACAGGACCUACAAGUAUUCCUCGGAGCAUUCAGGGUGUGAUUAGCCCGGAUCAUGCACCACGAAUUCAAAUCCCGGCUUAUCCAAUCCCCUAUGGAUAUCAUCUACAGGGCAAUAUGGCUGUUAAUGGAUGGGAUAGUAGAUGUGAUGGAAGUAAUGGCUUUAGGGGACGUGGAACCGGUUCGAGAGGUGGUAGGGGACGCGGAGCAAGAGAUAGCAGAAGAAGAUAGGGUGGGGGAUUCGAGGACUGUUGAGAAUGGAUGGAGGUGGUGCUGUUCUAGGGAAUUCUGUCUAGAUGCAGUUAAGGCUGGGGCUUGGGGGGAAUAGUUUGGGAUUGGAAGAUCA